UGGGCGUGGUUUACGGGAGCAAGAUGGCGCCCGCCAUGCUGAUGCGGAAGGUUCUGCUGUGGCCCGCAGCCCAGGGACUCCUCCGGAACUUUUGGGAGCAACUGCAGCGGAAACUUCGGCAGAGCCGGCCAGGCUUUCCCAGUCCUCAGUGGGGACCAGCAUUAGCGGUCCAAGGUCCAGCUAUGUUUACAGAACCAGCAAAUGAUACCAAUGGCAGUAAGGAGAUUCCCAGCUUUUUGGAGAACAUCUUUUGGAUGGCAGCUCCCAAAAACAGACGCAGCAUUGAAGUUAACAGGUGUAGGAGAAGAAACCCUCAUAAGCUUAUUAAAGUGAAGAACAAUAUAGACGUUUGUCCUGAAUGCGGUCACCUGAAACAGAAACACGUCCUCUGUGGCUAUUGCUAUGAGAAGGUGCGUAAAGAGACAGCGGAAAUCAGACGACAGAUAGGGAAGCAAGAGGGAGGCCCUUUCAAGGCUCCUACCGUGGAGACCAUGGUGCUGUACUUGGGGGAGACACCCUCCAAGCAAGACCAGGGCAAGAGGAUCAUCGAGCGAGAACGGAAGCGGCCAUCCUGGUUCACCCAGAAUUGACAGCAAACAUGUUUCUAGAGGAUAACUUCACACAAGUCGUUUCUCCUGAAAAAGAGGAAGAUUCUUUGUUUUUAUGUUGGUUGUGUGCUUGUUUUUAAAUCAUCAGCAUGGCCUAAAACAUUCUUUAUAAGCACUUAGUUUUUUGCGGGUAAUUUGAAGAAUGCAUCAGGAGUAAAGUCUGAAAAUGUUUGUUUAUGCGGAGGCUCAAUGGAUUUAUGUGUCUGUUUCUAUUAUACUAUGAAGUUUUAGUGAACAGAAUUUUCAGGACAGAAAAAUGAAACCUAAUUUAAAAUUCGCAGCCAGAAUUAUGCGUCUGGGCUCUGGUUUUGUUUGUUUGCCACUGGUUUUUCUUACAAGAAUACUUACACAAAUGCUUUUGUUUAAGUAACACCUGAAAAUAGGUUAUUUAAAUUCUGGGUAUCGCUUUUUUAAGAUGGUAGAUGUAGCAGGAAGAAAAAGUUCGUUCUGUUUGGUUUUUUCGUUUGUUUGUUUCAGCAAAUUAAAAUGGCCUCUGUAUGGCACUUAUAGGAGACAUGUUCGUUUACUUAGAAGUAGUUCUUGACAUUUCGCAUUAAAUCAAGAUGACAUUCAGAAUUCAUUAGAUGGCUCAUGAGAUCUGUAAUUUGUAGUCCGGGGAGAGAGAUCUUUUAAAGGAGAUGUGAGUGAAUUCAGUAGCACACAGAAAAUGUGCUGAGGGGGUUGCCCUUGCAUUUUCCUUCUAGGAUGACCUUUUAGUUUAUUUCACAUUUCAUCAUAUUUCUCUCUAUAGCAAUGGCCUUUUUAACUUAACGCAAUUCAUUUCAUAUUUCCGUCUCCUUCCCCCAUUCCUGUGUCUACCCUGAGUCCAAGGUUUGCUGUUUCCUGCCUCGCUGAAAAAAAUAAAAGUGAGGUAGCGUAUUAAAACACAAAGUAAGAGAAUUACAGUUGAAUGGAAAAUUAAUGGGUAAAAUAAGAUAAAGCCCAGGGAUAUAUUCAAAACAAAAUGCAUGCUACAGUAGCCUGAGUACUUACAAGAAUUAGGCAGUGAAUUCAACCCUGAACUUGCUUUGCCUUGAAAAGGACGUCCAUUGAUAAGUCUCCACAAGACAUAAUCCAGAAGUAUACCUCUAUCCUGGUAUUGAGGCCUAGGGUAAGUUUUGCCCCUGGGACUUCAUGAGGACUCUGAUGGGGUCAUCCAUGUUAACAUUCCUAGAAGUAAAAUGAUCAAUGUCAUGUGGUACAGUACAGAUCGAUGAUCUAUCCGAGUGCAAUUCAGUGAGAGCAAAUCCUUAAAUCUUCCAAAGUACCGGAGUCCCAGUAAAUAGCUCUUUAAGACUUAGCUCCACCCACACAUAAAAAAAAACAAAUUCUGGAGGAAUUGUCUGCGUAUUCUUAUUAAGGCAAUCCUCUGCAGAUACUGAUUUUUCACUCUGACAAGCCUUAGAAAUGCCUAGUGUCAAACUUCAGGUAGGUAUACUUGGAGGCUAAGGCUAAAAAGUACACACCUGAGUCUUCCACCGCCUACUCAGCAUCUCAGUUGACUCUCUUAACAGAUUGCCAAGUGUAUGUCUGGGUAACAUAUUGUCCACUGAUUUAGCAGAAAGCCACACAGAUGAACCUAAUGAGAAUGUGUGGGCAGGUCCACUUUUCUGUUUGCUACUCAUGGGCAGAUAAACACCAAAUGCAUCCCCAAAUUAGCAAAACCAGAUAUCUGGUUCAUGUCAGAAAGCCAUGUCAUUAGGGAAAGUGCCUAUCACUGUUUUUGAAGAGGUUGUCCCCACAAAGUUAUCUUUAUAACAGAUUAUAUCACUUAAUACCUCCAUUUUUUUUUUUUACUCUCAGGAAAAAGAAAACACAUGAGUUUGAAUAAAAUCAUUUACGUAACCGAUUCGUUCAUGUUCUGAACAGUAGAGAUGAACUUCAUCCCUACCUGUCUGCGUCAUCAAGAUGUUGAGACAGAUUACUUUUGGAAGGAGGGGUCCAAGUUUUGUUUGGGAGAGGUGGGUCAGGAGGUGAUGUCCCCUCUGAGCUUGGUGACAGUCCCCUCCAUCUUCCUGUCUCCUUUAGCCACUUCCUAGCAGAUUGCCAGAUGCUGAAGGUCUAAGCGUCUGACUUCACUGCAUCUCCUAGCCAGGGUCCUCCUUCAAACCCUAAUCGUCUCUUUUCCGAGCUGUUACAAUGCACUUUCCAAUUACUGGUUUCCAGCCUUCUCAUAUUUCUCAUUCAUUUUAAUAGUUUUUCACUUACAAAAUUAAUACAUCACUAUAGUUAAUGAAGCAAUGCACAGUGUAUAAGCGAAAAGUGAAGAAUUGUUACUCUACCACUAUGGAGUAUAUGCUUCUCAAUGCCACACUCUGGUUUCUGAAACACUUCUGAUCGUAUCACUCCCUGAUCAAAACCAGACUCCUAAUGAAACCCUCUCUGGUGUCCUCACGAUCUGUCCCAGUCUUUGUGCCCACCUCCCAACACAGCGAGGUACACACCCCACCCCUCAGUUUGUUGAAAUCAUAACCACGUGUAGCAGAGCUUGUGACGCCCUCCUCAGCACGCAUCACCCCCCCAUCCCCAUUUGGGCCCACUCUGUCCCACCUCACUGAGUCUUCCUCUCAGACCCCCUUACUGAUUCCUUCUCUUCCCCCUAACCUCUUGAGAGUGCCCAAGGCUCCAUUCUUGGGGGUCUCAUACACUGUUAUGGCUUUAAACGGCAACUCUAUCUUGACGCCUUCCAAUUUGGGAUGGGCCAAAUUUCUGGCAUAGGCCUCUCCCCUGAACUCCAGAUUCAUAUUCAACUGUGUACAGUAAGCCCCCUACAUACGAACCUUCAAGUUUCGAACUUUCAAAGAUGCAUCGGCGCGUUCCAUCAGCGUCAGGCGUGAGUGAAAUCGCAGCUUGCCCUCCGUCUCGUAUUACUGACGAUCCUUCAGCUCUACCAUCUCCCACCUCCUCUCCCUCCUCCAGUCAGUAACUCUUCUCGCCUGUUCACUUGAUGCCAGUCCCUGGAUGCCAGCUGUUGUGCUGCACUGCUGUACUUUUCAAGGUACUGAGCUGUAAGAUUAAAAAUGUUUUCUUUAUUUUUA